AUGAAGAAUUUGACGGUUCCUGUUGUUUUUGAGGUGGAGUUGGAUCCUGGAAGUAAAGGAGUGGUUCCUCGUUUAAUGGGUUCCAUAAGUGAGCUGGGAUUUUGGGAAACCGCAUACGGCGUGGACGCCAGGAGGAUUGCCAAGGACUCACCAAUAUGGAAAGUGAAGGUACAUAUACCUCAGAGGUCUUUUUUCUAUUUCAACUGGGUCCUGAUGAAAAAAGGGGAAGUAGUUGAAGAAGAUCAGUACCGCCAAGCUGAUAUUGGUGUUUUUGGUGGUCUCAUGAAGACCAAAUACGGAGAAGGAUCAGGAGAAUUCAUCAUGGAUGGUGGAUGUAAAGUUUCUGUAGCGACUCAUUACCAUUUGAGUUACAAUGAAUCACUCGCUGUUGUUGGUUCGGGAGAUUUUCUGGGCAACUGGGAAAGUUCCGGUUCUUCUAAAUGCUUCAGUAUGAACGAUGUAUGGAGUACGAAAUUCGAGAUGAAACAAGAGACGACUGAAGAGUUCAGGCUAGUUAUUUUGAACAGGGAGAGCGGUCAGAUAAAAAGAUGGCAGGACGGUGGAAACCGGGUGAUAAAGAUAGAAGAGGGGCUGAAUUCUAAAAGUCUGUAUGUCCCUUGGGCUGGAAGAUAUCUACAAGAAGGAAUAAUAAUACCUAUUAUUACGAUAGUCGAAUGUUUCGAAAACCGACCCACAGUUGAAGCGUUAUCUGGCGUCUCUUCACCUCCAAACUUAUCCAGAGCAGCCUCUAAGUUAUUUUUAACCAACGGCGAGUUGGAUGCUGAGAUUUCAAAAGACCUAGAACUGACUCUAGCUCAAAAUCCCACAUUUAAAGAUGUGAUGGCUUUACUUUGUAAUGAUGACAACAGCAAUAAACCUAGAAAAACUUUACCAAGGACAAAAUUUACUCUAGAUCUCCAGGCUUUGAUCGGAGUCGAACACGGAGACACAGACGGGGGACAAGAAGCUAAUAAUAACUGUCAGGCAUCGCUACGUCUUGCGGUUAAAUUGGAUCUUGGUAUCUGCUCAAAAGAUGACAGUCAAAAAAGUACAACAGAGGACGUUGCAAAAUCUGGCACAAGUGAGGUGCAGCUAUUACUCCCCGAAUCUCGAGUUUCAAGCCCAAGAGAUCUCCCAAAUGCUAGCUUACGUCAGCUACCAUUUUCUGUCGCAGACGACUGUUGUAACUUGCCUCAUCAAGGUAAAAGUGAAGUAGACAAUUUUUUUGAAAGCGUCUGGGUGUCAAAGAAGAACAUAGACGCUGUAUUGGUGGAAUUGUCUCGUAUGACUGAAGAAAAGCUUGCAAUGAGGAUCAAUGGUGGUGCAAAGAAACCAACUGCUAUAGAAACUGCUCUGUCGACAGGAGAUUCCACUCCACAGGACCUGAAGCGAAAAGUUUCAACUGCUGUGUCAUCCAGAGUUCCUCGUCCAGAUGUCAGUGAUAGUUUAAAGCUCCGGCCAUCUUUCGCUGCUAACGAAUUUCUAGAAGAAACUAAAAAUUCAGAAUAUAAAUUGCCUGAAUAUGAAAGAACUUGGUCAUCUGGAAACGCCAUAGACGCUGUGUUGGUGGAAUUGUCUCGUAUGACUGAAGAAAAGCUUGCAAUGAGGAUCAAUGGUGGUGCAAAGAAACCAACUGCUAAAGAAACUGCUUUGUCGACAGGAGAUUCCAGUCCACAGGACCUGAAGCGAAAAGUUUCAACUGCUGUGUCAUCCAGAGUUCCUCGUCCAGAUGACACAAGCAUAAGAAAUCCGACAGCUCGACAGGAUUCGUAUGUAUCUGAUUCUUUUUCUGAUGAUAGAAGCUACCAGCUAACUGAUAAUGGACAGAAAACAUCUAUAAACAAUGAAACAGUUACUGUUGCUGUUUCUCCAUGGAGUCAGAAUCCUGUAACUGAUGAUGAAGCUGAUGAUGAAGAAAUUCGACGUACCCAUGAGUUGAUGAACAAUUCACUUACUUCAAGUACACUGAAAGUUGAG